CCAACCCCGCCAGCGGCCGGUGGAUAAAUACAGGCACGUCGAGGCUGUGGGUGGACAGACACUCGAUCCAACUCAUUCCCCUACCCUGCUACCCAGGCACCACCAACCCAGGCAGAGCUAGCGACCAGAGCCAUGGCGCCCAGCGGAGACAACACCGUGGCCAACGUCCACAGCGGCAUCGACAGCACCAACAAGACGCUGCUCAAGAGCGACGCCCUCUACACCUACAUCCUCGACACCACCGUGUUCCCCCGCGAGCACGAGUGCAUGCGCGACCUGCGCCUCAUCACCGACAAGCACCCCUGGGGUUACAUGCAGUCGUCCUCGGACGAGGCGCAGCUGCUGGGGAUGCUGAUCAAGAUGGCAGGGGCCAAGAAGACGAUCGAGGUGGGCGUGUUCACGGGCUACUCGCUGCUGGCCACCGCGCUGGCGCUCCCCGAGGACGGCAAGAUCGUGGCCAUCGACACCGACCGUGAGUGCUACGAGGUGGGCCGCCCCUUCAUCGAGAAGGCCGGCAUGGCGCACAAGGUGGACUUCCGCGAGGGCACCGGCCUGGAGCGCCUGGAGGAGCUCCUCGCCGAGGACGAUGGCGCGGCCAGCUACGACUUCGCGUUCGUGGACGCCGACAAGCCCAACUACGUGCGCUACCACGAGCAGCUGCUGCGGCUGGUGCGCGUCGGCGGCACCAUCAUCUACGACAACACGCUCUGGGGCGGCACGGUGGCGCUGCCGGCGGGCACGCCCUUGUCCGACCUCGACACCCGCUUCUCCGCCGCCCUCAGGGACCUCAACGCCAAGCUCGCCGCCGACCCGCGCAUCGAGGUCUGCCAGCUCGCCAUCGCCGACGGCGUCACCAUCUGCCGCCGCGUCGUCUAGACGGGCGUCCGGUCAGGUCCGGCGUGAAGCAUCGGGAUCCGCCGUGCGUGGAGUCGAUUUCGUUCCUUACCAGCCGCUUCCCUUAAUCAAUUGUAUUAUUUUUCCCUGCCAGCGCUGGCUAGCGUGAAGCAUCUGAUGGUUUCGAGUUUUCAAUAAUACUUUUUUGCUUUCGAAAUUUGAUGAGAGGAGAGGGAGGAGUGGUUCUACUUAUGUACUGUACUCUUAAACUAAAUAUGGUGUUGCAAUGA